AUGUCUAGUCAGGAGCAGCUGGAACAUCGUAGCGAAAGGACAGACGCAAGUGUCCAAACUGCGAACUCAGUUGACGAGCCGCCCAAGACUCUGAAUCAUGCGGCAAUCCAAACAGGAUCUGACAGCUCUCAUCCCCCCGAGAAAACGCAAGAUUCUUCCCCUCCUGAGGUAGAAGACGCUGAAAGCGACGAUGAUCUUCUUCCAACGUGGAAAGGUGUGUCGACGAAUAACGGAGAUGGACAAGAUCCCGCAGUGGCUGCAGUGACACACUCGGAGGAAGAUGCGCUCAAGAUUGGCACCACCACUCCAGCAGCUUUGGAUGAUCAAGGCGGUUCCUCUAAUGGUCAUAAGAUUGCCCAAGAUAUCGACGGUGCUGAGGGACAUGGAGCUGACGAAGACACCGAUGAUAAAUUUCCAAUCUGGUAA